UGUUUUGUACAAAAAAUUUAAAAAGAAAUGUCUAAAUAAAUUUUUUAUUCAUACCCGUGUACAGUUUUUAAAAAGUUUACAAGGUUUACAAAUAUAGGAACAAAAAGAGAAGAAAAUUGAAAUAUUCAAGAAAGUUUUUACAAAAAAUCUCUAUUUUUUAUAAUGAUAACAGCGCGUGUACACAGUUUAUAACCUCUCUAACAAUUUCGAAAUUUAUAAACAUUUAUCAGUAUUAUGAUUGACUAUUUUUUUAAUAAUAAAGGAUGAAAAAUGCGUGCCAGAAACUUUCUGUUGUUCCUUAUUUGUGUUGUCGGGACGACUAUUGUUUUUAUUGCUUUCAGCAGCCAAAGGCCUUUUCAAACAUUAGUAACAAAACAAUUGCGGAGUUUCCAGGAGAACUUAAAAGAUGUCGAAGAAAAACGUUUAGUUACAGACUCCAGAUACCUCGCUCUACUAGGUCUUGAUGGAACAAAUACUCCAUCAAAAUCACAAAAUGUCACUGUUGUAUCUCUAAUCAGGCCUGGAAGCGAGCAAAAUAUUUAUGGUUUUGUUAAAAAUGUCAGUCAUUUUUUGCCAAAUAACAGUAUUGUUGUGUAUAGUGUUGGACUAAAUGAAGAUGUAUUACAAACUGUGAGAUCGGCUUGUAAUUCGAGUAAAUGUAAUGUCGUACAAUUUGAUUUAAGUUUUUUUCCUGCUCACGCUGAAGACGAUAGAUUGCACGUGUAUAGGCCUCUUGUUAUUCAGACUGCUUUAAAUACUUUAGAAAACGUAUUAUAUAUGGAUUCAAAUGUGAGAUUGAAUUCUUCGAAAGUUUCAAAAUAUCUUUUACCUAAAUCAGGAAUUCUUACAUGGCCAUCGAGUCACGCUAUUAGUUCCCUCACACAUCCAAAAAUGUAUGAAUAUUUUCACACAACUAGUGAAAGUUUCUUAUUUCUUCCAUUAAUAAGGGCAUCACGAAUUAUUAUUAGAAACACCAAUGAAAUAAGGGAAAAAAUAAUGCUCCCUUGGGUGCAGUGUGCUUUAACUCGAGAUUGCAUCUGUCCUAUAGGAGCUCAAUCAGCCGGAUGUCGUUUCAAUAAAAAGCCACAAUAUCGAUAUUCUGGUUGUCAUGCAUACGACACUGCUGCUUUGAAUAUCGUACUUGGAUUAUAUUUUAAUUUCGUUGAUACUUAUUAUAUUCAUCGAGACGGGGAGUACUUUUUUAAAAUGGAACCCGAGGAAGUCAGUGAGGAAUAUUUAUCAAUUGUAAAACAAAGUAAUAUUACCGAAAGAGGGGGGAUGUACACUGAACAUUGAUCUGAUCUCAUAAUUCCCAAUUUAUAACAUUUAAGUGAUACUUUGAAAUAAAUACAAAAAUUGAAAAAUCUCA